AAUUGGAGAGUAGAGUGACAGCAAAAGAGAGUGCGAUAGUGAAGAGAGAAAAAAAAGCGGUUUGGUCCAACGCAAGGCAAAGAAAUGGAAGGGUUGUCGUCUUCAAUGGCGAUUGCGCAGAAAACAUGGGAGCUCGAGAACAACAUCAUCCCCAUGGACACUCCGGGAGCCGCCUCAUCCUCCUCCGCCGCAACUGCCACCAACGCCGACGACUCUAUAUUCUACUACGACGAGGCCGGGCAGAAUGAGUUCCAGCGCGACAAGCCCUGGGCCAAUGACCCUCACUACUUUAAGCGCGUCAAGAUCUCCGCACUCGCGCUACUCAAGAUGGUCGUCCACGCACGCUCCGGCGGAACUAUCGAGGUCAUGGGCCUCAUGCAGGGAAAGACCGAUGCCGACGCCAUCAUCGUCAUGGACGCCUUCGCUCUCCCCGUUGAAGGCACGGAAACGCGCGUUAAUGCUCAGGCAGAUGCGUACGAGUAUAUGGUCGAUUAUUCCCAGACAAAUAAACAGGCUGGAAGGUUAGAGAAUGUUGUGGGAUGGUAUCACUCUCAUCCUGGGUAUGGGUGCUGGCUGUCGGGGAUCGAUGUUUCGACGCAGAUGCUGAAUCAGCAGUUUCAGGAGCCGUUUCUGGCGGUUGUGAUUGAUCCCACGAGGACUGUUUCGGCGGGGAAGGUUGAGAUUGGGGCUUUUAGGACUUACCCCGACGGUUAUAAGCCUCCGGAUGAGCCCAUUUCUGAGUAUCAAACUAUCCCUCUCAAUAAGAUUGAGGACUUUGGUGUCCACUGUAAACAGUAUUAUGCCUUGGAUAUCACUUACUUUAAGUCAUCUCUUGAUUCACAUCUCUUGGAUCUUCUGUGGAACAAGUAUUGGGUGAAUACAUUGUCGUCUUCUCCUCUGUUGGGUAAUGGAGAUUAUGUUGCUGGACAAAUCUCUGAUUUAGCUGAAAAGCUAGAACAAGCAGAGAAUCAGUUGGCACACUCACGCUUUGGGCCACUAAUAGCACCGACACCUAGAAAGAAAGAGGAAGAAUCUCCUCUUGCUAAAAUUACUCGUGACAGUGCUAAAAUAACUGUGGAGCAGGUGCAUGGUCUGAUGUCACAGGUCAUCAAGGACAUUUUGUUUAACUCCGUCCAUCAAGCAAAUAUAAAUCGCACAGAACCAUCUGGUCCUGAACCAAUGAUUGAAAGCUGAUUCUGCCUCUCCUAGACAUGCAUUUAUAUAUUCUUUCUUUCCUUUUUUUUUGGUUUUGCCCUCAUUAUCUGCCAACUCUUAUACUCCACAUAACAGUCAGUCUAGCCUUGUAUUUUGCCUUUUUGCCCUCGUGCUCUGCUUAUUCUCGUUUUAUUGCACUAUUAUAUUUGUUAACCAUGCACUGGAACUCACCUAACACAAACAAAACGUUGUCGAAUACAGUUAACAAAUACCUUUUUAUGCCCUUUUA